UCCUUGAUAUUCUCUUUUGCUAAUACCAUUAUUUUUGUGAUAGGCUUAAUCCUCCACUACCUGAAGGGUAUUAUGGCAACGCUUUUGUGCUUCCUACGGCAGUUUCCACCGUGGAGAUGCUUUGCAGGCGGCCUUUAAGCUAUGCAUUGGAGUUGGUGAAGAAAGCAAAGAAAGAAGCAAGUGAGGAGUAUGUUCACUCUACUGCCGAUCUAAUGGAAAUUAAGGGAAGGCCUCCACUUUCCUUGACAGGAUCUUUUAUUAUGUCAGACAUCAUAAAAUCUGGGAUAACAGAUGUGGAUUAUGGAUGGGGUAAGCCUUUGUAUUCUGGACCAGACAAGGCUGGAAUGGAUGAUAUUCCUGGUUUGAGCUUCUAUGUUCCAUAUACUAACUCUAAAGGAGAACAUGGUAGACUAGUUUUAAUUUGCCUCCCACAAGAAGCCAUGAAAAGGUUUGAGAAAGAGCUUCAUAGAAUACUUCAGAUCAAGGAUGAAAUAUCAUCUGUAUUGGAUGCUUGAUAUCUGAAUAUUAAUGCAUGUCAAGGUGGAUUCAGUUAUUCCUAUUUCCCGAGAAUCUAGUUUGUUCAUGCAAGAGUGAAAAAGAACACGCCUUUAUACAUAUACCUGUCUUUGUUGAGAGACAUAAUGAACUAACAGUAACAGAAGGUGGUUAGGAUAGUUCUAAGGGUAAUCAAGAUUAGUUGCAAGGUUUCUUUAUACCACAUCUAUUUGAUAAUAUCAACUCACACUAGUUUCAAAUCUCUCAGCUCACAUCUUCUUCUGUUUCUUGUAUCACAAGCUUUGUUACUCUGCUGGUCUUCUUCAGAACUAAGAAAGAAAAGAAAGAGAUUGAUCAGAAAGUUGGCUUAAUAAUGCAUAUGUUGCGAAAAUAAAGUUGGUUCACUAAGCUCAUUUCUAUUGGGCUUGGAAUCUUGGAUCAUUUACAUGCUUCCAUAUUUAUGUAUAUAUAUGUUCUUCUAACUAGGCCCUACUUGACUCACCAAACAUAUCGUAUAUUUGUGUAGCAAAUGUAACUGCUCAUAAAUUCUAUCUACUCCAACCGCGUUGUUUAUUAUAUCAGCACGUAAAAGAAAGAGCUACCUUUGUACGAAAAGAAACAAC